AUGUACAACCGCUAUGUCGAGACAGGCCUGGUCCAGUUCUUUCGGACCCAUGGAAAAGAUUCUGCAGCCGAAGAAAAGAAGGAGUGGGAGGAUCUCGUAACCCCGCGAGGCCUGGGAGUCAUUAAAAAGACCAUUACCACCGAGUUUAAAUUUCCGAUGAAAUUUCCCGACAGAAUCCAUGUCCUGUACAAGUUGAAUGAACCGCCAACAUACGACACGACUUCUCUCAAUCUGGAGGCAUGGGUCUUGUCGGACCAACACCGCCGAAUCGCCGCAAGAUGUAUCGAGGAGACCGUGAUUUAUGAUUAUGCGGUGGGAAAGAAGUCCAUGCUGAAGCCUUUCAUGAUAGAGAAGCUCCAGCAAACAUUUUUGAUGCAGGAGAAGUCUAGGGAAGCUUUUCAAGCCGAAGCUAAACAAGUCAUUGCAACUGUCGAGAAUCUAGAAGAUCAAAUGGACUGA